ACAAUUGCCUCCGCUGCAACCACUACUAGCACUCCCACCACAACGGAAUCUACCGUAAAAAUGGAGUCAGUUGGCAACAUCGAAGUCAUCGUUAAAACUGAAGAACAAAAGCAGGAACCUACAUCAGCACCAACAACACCCGUAACAUCAGUAACACCCAUAACCCCAGUGGCUCUAGCGCCUGCUGCUGAGACAGCAAUAGCAACAACAACAACUGAUACCAACACAACGACUGCUGUUCCAACAGCAACAGCAACAGCAACAACAGCAGAAGUAGCACCUGCCACCCUGCAGCCGCCACCCCCUACAUCAACUACCACUUUUGAAGAGAUACAGAAACAACUAAAAGCCACUCUUGACCAUGUGGAGCAACGGAAUAUGGUCAGCGGUUUUCAAACACUUAGCAAAGCAACGAGUGCAGUGGUCGAUCAUUGUGAACAACUUGGUUUGACAUCAGACGAUCAUCCAUACAAUGCUAUUGAUCGCGAGCAAUUUUGGGCAGGUCUCAAUAAUUGCUGGCUGUAUGCAUUAGCCCAGCGACACGAACCAAGCUCAGAAAUCGAACGAUUAACGGACCAGCAUCUGUACGGCUUACGUGAAAUGGUGGUCGCUUGGGCUGAUAAACUUGAACGAUAUGGAUUGGUCGAUUACGAGAUGGGAUGGUGGGAAGCGGAUAUUUUGGCUGCUAUCGAUGCAAUUCUGGCAAUGAAUUAUGCUGCUGCGCAGGCCGCCGCACAAGCUGUUGUUGCUCAAGCAGCAGCUGCAUUGUUUGGAGAUGAAGUGCUUAAACAAUAAUGAUGACCUUGUUCUCCUGUCCUCGCAUAUCUUUCACAUACACACUCUCCCUUACUCAUUUUUCGAAACCAACGCAAAUGUAUAUAUACACAUUCACACAAAGAUUUUAUAGAC